CAGACCAAUCAUUUUGACAUUUAACUUAUUAAGUUGUCGGUCUGACGAAACCAUAAACAAAAAUAGCGAAAACUUUCAUUCAUUUCAUUUAUCAAUCAAACCUACCUAGUGUUCUUUUCCUUUUCUCUAUGCUACUGCUACCUAUUCGGAAAAUUCAAUUUUUUAGGUUAUUUUAUAUGUGCACAGUUACCUUGUGAAGCAAACAUGGAGCAAAAAGACUUAAAUAACCCUCCUACUACCUCUACGCUGUCGGGUAAAAAGAGAGCAAGGAGUGAAAAUUGGGUGGAGGAAGACAAGGUUAGUAGGCAACUUAUUAAUUAGUCGUAAGUUCGUUACCGACGUAGCGUAGGAGUAACCAUUUUUUCAUUUCGAUUUACUAUUAGGUAGUGUAUUUAAUACAUACUCCUACUUACCUGCAAUUUUAAUAGAUUUGUUUUCUGUUUAUGAAUAGAUUUUACUGAGGGAAUUGGUGAAGGAGCGUGUGCAUGCGCUUGAAAACAAAAACACCGACACCAACACUAAUGCUAAGAAGCUAAACGCUUGGGCUGAUUUGAUGCUAAGUUUUAAUAGUAUGUGUAAGGGCAGCCCUCGCAAGCUUGCACAGCUUAAAACUCAGUGGACUGGCCAAAAAAUGGAUGAGAAGAAGAAAAAGGGGAACGUGAGAAGGGAAAUGUUAAAGACUGGAGGCGGUCCACCUCCUCCAUCGGAACAAUGUGAUCCCGAUGACAUAGAAAGUUGGCUCCCACACGAGUUUACAGUGGACACGUGUGAAGGAGACUCUGACUUUUUACAUCAGUAUGAGACAGUCCAAGUUAACAUAUUGGAUGAACAUGCCAUUACUACAACUGAUGCAAUUGAGGUUAGUAAAUAUUUUCAAUGUUUUCCUUGUUAUCUUACUCAUAAUUAAGUGUCACAUAAUCGUUAUCGAAAAUAAAUAAAACAAUGUCGACGAGUACGUUAAAGUGUAAUACGUGUAAUCUAGUGAUAAACGAAUUGUUAUCCUACAUCCAGAAUAAAAUUUCAGUGAUUGAUGAGGAUACAUUGUUGCGGAUUUGUACAUCGGCUUUUAGUAAUGACGAAAUUCAAAAGUCCAAGUCGUUACUUUUUGACGCCGUCCCAACGACGAAACGAAAAAUACAACGGAAGAAAGAAGGAAAAGGACACCGUGACCUGGAAGACAUUAUGUCACUUUUUAAGUCUGUUCCCGCGGAGGUGAUGCCUGUUUUCGUUUCCCGCGAGCUGGAGAAGCUGCCACCGGUGACUUUUGAUCACCUGGAUUGUACUCAACUAUUAAAAGAUAUUGUACGUCUCCAAGCAGAAAUAAAUAACAUAAAGGAAACCUAUGUUACUUCUACUCAGCUGCAAGAAUUCAAAUCAGAGCUACAAGUAAAAAAUAAUUCGCCACUUCUUCCAAUUUGUAGUGUAAACACUAGACGUGGUGCAUGGUGUUUGGAUAGUGGACCGAUAGGUUUAUCCCAGUGUGAUAUUGCGUCAGUAAAUGAUUCACUGGACACAAUAACGAAAACACCGACAUCUACAAAGGCAAUGAAAGAUUCUUCGCCUAAUAGCAAUAUUUCUGAACAACAUACCGUAGCCGUCGAUAAUACAAAAUCGACACAUAAAUUGAGCUACAGAAAUAUUAGUAAUGACGCGGCGGAGGGUAUGCGCAGCGAGUUUGCUCGGUGCGAUAAACCGCCUACGGUGACGUCAUGCGAAAUCAGCUGUGCCGAUAAAGGUUUUGAGGCGAGCGCUAAAAUGAAUGAAAAACUUGUAAAUAAACAAGAUGAUUGGCAAACGGUUUCUUAUAGAAAAAAGAAAUCAUCAUAUCAAUAUUCUGGAUUGAUGGGGACGGCUGCCUGUGAAUCAAAUAAUAAUUUCAAAGCAGCGGAUCGAAGUGUUCCUGUGUUCAUAACAAACGUACAUAAAGAGACAACAGUACCUCACAUGGUCGACUAUAUUAAGUUAAAAACCCAAGAAUGUGUGUCGUUGGAAAAAAUCUAUAUGAAAAGGAAGGCAGAUCAUAAUGCAUACAAGUUCUUCGUACCAGAGCACAAGUUGCCUUUAUUUUUAAAUGAAAAUAUAUGGCCUAAGGGUAUUAUAUUUCGAAGGUUUGUGCAUUUUAAGCCGAAGGAUGCGAAUGGUGGUAGCACCAGCGGCCUAGUACAAAAACCUAAUGCAUAGUUCCUUGUAUAAGUUUGUUAGCUUCAACUGUAAAAAUGUCAAAAGGUCAGUUGAAAGUAUUAGAUGGCUGUGUCAAACAUCUGACAUUAUUGCACUGCAAGAAACGUGGCUGAUGCCAGACGAGCUGGCGUUCCUCAGCAGCGUCUCCCAGGAGUUCGAGAGCACGGGCACGUCGGCGGUGGACGCGGCGGCCGGCCUGCUGCGCGGGCGCCCGCACGGCGGCGUCGCGCUGCUGUGGAACCGCACGGUGUUCCAGAAUGUGUCGGUUGUGCAAUGUUCCAAUCCGAGAGUGUGUGCUAUUAAAGUGAGUGUGGGCCAAAGGUCGUUCUUAGUGUUUAGUGUGUAUGCGCCUACGGAUAAAUUGGAUAACUUGAUGGAUUUUACAGACUGCCUCAGCUCGGUGAGUGCUAUUGUUAACAGUCAGGACAUAGAAUCAGUGUACAUUCUCGGUGACUUUAACGCUCAUCCUACCGAACUGUUUUAUAACGAACUAGUUAGUUUUUGUGAGGAUGUAAAAUGGUCCUGUGCCGAUGUGGCGAAAUUAGGGCUACAAUCGGGUACAUACACGUUUGUAAGUGAAGCCCACGGGACACGACGGUGGUUGGAUCACUGUGUGGUUACUCAAGCCGCGUUGCCUUCUAUUGUUCAUGUGUAUGUUAAAUAUGACGUUAUGUGGUCCGAUCAUUUCCCUUUGAUAAUAGAAUGUAACUUAAAUGUAAUUAGGUCGAAAUUGUCCUGUGACAGCUCCAAAAUAAUUAAUACUGUAAUAUGGGGUGAAAGGAAGCCCGAACAAAUGGAUUUAUAUUAUAAUGAAUGUCACAGUACAUUAAGUAACAUAGACUUUCCUACGGAGUGUUCUGAUUGUUGUAAAUGUACUUGUAAGAAUGUUGAUCAUAUGGUUAUCAUUGAUAAGUUAUAUAGCGACAUAACACUUUGUAUGAGCAGGGCGGCUAGUAAGUGUUACACAUUUAAAUCUGUGAGAAAGAAAAAGCCGGUGGCUGGAUGGAAUAAGCAUGUUAGCUCGGCUCAUCGCGAGGCCCGGUGUAAGUUUCAGCUGUGGGCAUGGUGUGGGAAACCUAAAGCCGGCCAAGUAUAUAAAGAAAUGUAUGACAGUCGUAAAGUUUUUAAAUCGCGUCUUAAAUGGUGUCAAGAUAACGAACAGAAAAUAGAAA